AAGACACCACUUUUAGAAAUUCCAGCGGGAUCUAUCCUCCCCAGUCUCCACUGACAGCCACAAGCCGUCAGCAAAACGAAGCCCAGCCGACACGAGCCUGUCGGGAACCGACCUCCGCGAGCAGCGAAGUCAAAGUAAAACGCAGACGCGAAGCCGUAUCCCAAAGGUAAAGCCUCUGGGAAAACCCUGUCACGGAGGAGCCCCAGGGGACCCCUGGCCGUCAGCCAUGGCUGUACCUGUCGCGGUUCUUGACUGCGACCUCUUGCUCUAUGGCCGUGGACACAGGACUUUGGAUCGCUUCAAGCUGGAGGAUGUCACGGACGAAUAUCUAGUAUCCACUUAUGGCUUUCCCCGACAAUUCAUUUACUACCUGGUGGAUCUUCUGGGUGCCACUCUCUCACGCCCUACGCAGCGGUCCAGAGCCAUCAGUCCGGAGACACAAAUACUUGCUGCGUUGGGUUUCUAUACCUCUGGCUCCUUCCAGACUCGCAUGGGGGAUGCCAUUGGCAUUAGUCAAGCCUCCAUGAGCCGUUGUGUUGCCAAUGUAACUGAGGCAUUGGUGGAAAGAGCCUCACAGUUUAUUCACUUUCCUGAGGAUGAAGCUACUGUGCAGAACCUAAAGGACGACUUUUAUGAGCUGGCAGGCAUGCCGGGAGUGCUCGGGGUGGUUGACUGCACCCAUGUGGCAAUCAAAGCACCAAAUGCUGAGGACCUGUCCUAUGUAAACCGAAAGGGUCUCCAUUCCCUGAACUGCCUGAUGGUGUGUGAUGCCAGAGGAGUCCUCCUCAGUGCAGAAACGCACUGGCCAGGCAGCCUGCCCGACUGCACAGUGUUAGAGCAGGCAGCCCUCACAAGCCAGUUUGAAACUGAGCUACGUAAAGAUGGCUGGCUACUUGGUGACAGCUCCUUCUUGCUGCGGACGUGGUUGAUGACCCCUCUGCAUAUCCCCGAGACACCUGCGGAAUACCGGUACAACAUGGCCCAUUCUGCCACUCACAACAUCAUUGAGCGGACGUUCAGAACCAUUCGGUCGCGUUUCCGCUGCCUGGAUGGAUCCAAAGGCACCCUGCAGUAUUCUCCAGAGAAAUCCAGCCACAUCAUUCUGGCCUGCUGUGUGCUUCACAACAUCUCCCUGGAACAUGGGCUGGACGUGUGGUCUUCGCCAGCCACAGGACACAUGGAACAGCCGGAAGAAGAGUAUGAGCAAAUGGAAUCAGUGGACUCGGAAGCCUGUCGUAUUCGUCAGGAACUUUUACUUACUCAUUUUAGCUAAUGUUGUGACAGAGAAAAGGCUUCUAACAGUUCAUCUGGGAAGUUAUCCAGAGCAGAUAUGCCCCUUCGUCUUCUUUAAGUCAGUAAAGACCAAGCAGAUGUGAGACAAGGAGAAAUUUUACACUCUUCAUUUCAGGCGAAUUUCUGAACUUCUCUCAGUUUCGUCAGAGAUGCAAUUUAAUUGUUAAAGUUUUACUGUUGUGACACUUAGAGGCUCCCCUUUCACCUGACUUAGAGAACAGAGACUAACAUGACAUCAGUGGAGAAAUUUAGGAAGUUGCCUUUGAUAAUGAUGAAAAAUAUGUAAACCUUGCACUUUUUUACAAAGCAACAAUUCUAUGCUACUGUGUAACCCAAAACACUUAUGAUUGAUUUUUAAACAGCAUUUCACACAAAUUAAAAUUCCAUAUGAGCUCCUGUCUA